AUGAUUAACUAUCAUUUUCUUGCUAAAACAGAAGAAAACUUUUAAUAAAUGAAAUAAAAUGAGGAUGAUUAUUUACACUAACAUACUUGUUAGUAUAGAAAAUAAUUAAAAUAAUAAUCUCAAAUAUAUUUGAAUAUACCAUUUGAUUAAUAUAAGGACUAUAUUAAUAAAUUUCCGAACUAAAUUAAAAAACUGAGUCAUAUGGCAAAAACAAAAUGCAUAAAUCAAAAUGAAAGAUUAAGAAAAACUCCCAUGAUUGAAGUUGUGUCAAGUAUUCUUUGCGAAUAAAAGGGAGUCAAUAAUUUAGAAAAUUAAUAAAUUUUUAAUUUAAUAUCAAAAAGUAAACAUAAUUUGUAUAAGAAUAUUUUGUCAGCCUUUAAAAGACAUAUUACUGAGUGCUAAGAUACUUUCUUGAUGAGCUUUUAUGAAAAUUUGAGUGAAGAUAAGUGGACUUUUGAGCACAUUAAGCAUAGGGUUUCUACAAAUUUGGCAAUAUUCGGAAGAUUCAAUCUCAAGAUAAAAAAUUUGAGUAAAAACAGAAAUCUGAAAAAAUAUUUAAUCAUUUUUUGA